AUGGGGAUGCAUAAUGUAGAUGCAGGAUCGUCAGACGUUGGGCAAGAUCGCCUCGAACAGGAGAUGAAGCGCCGUUUAUGGUGGCACCUCACUUGUACAGAUUGGUUACUUGGAAGCGCACCCGGCCCACAGCAGGGUAUUUACAUGAUCAGCCCUCACCAUACGACGGUCAAGUAUCCUGCGAAUAUCGAAGACGAAGAUCUGACCGAAGAGGGUAUUCAUCGACACCCGAAACCCGACCGUCACCCAACAUCGAUGUCAUUCUUCCUCUGUCGUCUCAAAUUCGCCCAACUCUGUCGCGAAUCCAUGGACGCAAUUCAACAUGCAAAGACUACACAACCAUCACAACUCAUAUACCCGCUCAUACUGGAAAUAAGCGACAAGUACAUGUCUUUUCUCAGGGAGCUACCGUGGUUCUUCCGUCUUGAAGACGAAGAAGACGAGGCGAAACGUACAGACUUGACCAAGAAGCAGCCCUACAUCUCGCAUCAGCGCGCUGUGCUUCUCUAUGGCAUUUACUCACGCCUAGGUCGCCUCCACCGCCCGUUCGUCACCAAAGGUAUCGCCGACCCUGGCUUUGCAGGUUCAUACAAUAUCGGUAUCGAGUGCGCGGAGAGACUCCUACGGAUCCGUCGCAUGGCGGCGGUCCACGGAAGUCAGCUGCUUGACAUAUUCGGCCGCUCGCAGAGUGUUGACCAGCAUACUUUCAAUGCUAUGCUGCUGCUCACAAUAGAUGUGAUGGCGCAUCCGAACUCGCCUGAUUCAGAGCGCCGCAGAGCGGACGUUAUUGAGAUAUGCCACAUCUUGCAAGAUAAGCAUGUAAGGUUGGGUCAGCCUGCGAAUGGAAUUAGUCGAGCCGUGCAAAUGCUGUUGGAUAUCGUGCGGAAUUCGAACAGGCCCCACAUCAAGGACAAAGAUCGUAUUGACAGCACCGGUCAGGUUGGCUCAAAUACUGCGCAAAGUAUGGAUAGUCUAGUGGUUCCGGAUCAAUGCACAAUGGCAUCGGAAGCAUCGUAUCAAACGGCGUGGAUCGACGAGUUCCUUUCAAUAUCUGAUGAUCAAGAUAUGGACACCCUUUUCGAUGAGCUCUGGGGAUCUUACUCAGAGACGAGCAUUCCAUCUCGGGAGGGCUUCUUGAACCGGGAGGGGCUCUCCUAG